UUUUGUUUAUUUGGCGCAUCAGUAUUCAUUGAAUGCCCCUGUUAUGCCCCCAACCUUUCUACUUAAAUCUGGUGGUUUUCCGCUCAUCUACCUCACCCACACUUCUCUCUCUCUCUCUCUCUCUCUCUAUCAUAAAUUCAAUGCUCUCAUCGUUUUCCCUCAUAAACCGCUUUCUCGUGUUGUAACACACUCAUCACUCAUCAUAUUCAUUCACACUUCCCACUUUCCAAUAUGGAAUGCUGCAUAAUCGCCAGGCUCAAGACCCAACCUUUAUGGUUCGCGCUGCUCUUCGUUGUCGGAUUGUUAACGAUUCUCAAAUUGGCUUUCGUUGUUUUCAGAUGGGUCUACGUCAAUUUCCUCCGACCACCGAAGAAUCUCAAAAAGUACGGAUCUUGGGCAGUGGUUACUGGACCCACUGACGGCAUUGGAAAGAGCUUCGCUUUCGAGCUCGCUCGCAAGGGCCUGAACCUCGUCCUUGUCGGAAGGAACCCCGACAAGCUCAAAGACGUGUCGGAUUCGAUCGCGGCGAAGUUCAGAAGAACCGAGGUUAAGACCGUCGUGGUUGACUUCUCCGGGGAUCUGGACGAGGGCGUGAAGAAGAUUAGCGAAGCGAUUGAAGGGUUGGAAGUUGGAGUGCUCGUUAACAAUGUGGGAGUUUCGUAUCCUUACGCGAGGUUCUUCCACGAAGUGGACGAGGGGCUUCUCAACAACCUUAUUAAGGUUAACGUUGUUGGAACCACUAAGGUCACGCAAGCUGUUCUGCCAGGGAUGCUCAGGAGAAAGAAGGGGGCGAUUGUUAACAUUGGUUCUGGAGCUGCUAUUGUUAUUCCUUCUGAUCCUCUUUAUGCUGUUUAUGCCGCCACCAAAGCGUACAUCGACCAGUUUUCGAGAUGUCUCUAUGUUGAAUACAAGAAGAGUGGGAUUGACGUUCAGUGUCAGAUUCCAUUAUAUGUGGCAACCAAGAUGGCAUCAAUCAGGAAAUCUUCAUUCUUUGUACCAUCAACAGAUGGCUAUGCCAAAGCAGGUGUGAAAUGGAUAGGCUAUGAGCCUCGUUGCACACCAUACUGGCCGCAUACUCUUCUUUGGGCUGUGGCAUUCUCAUUGCCCGAGUUUGUUGUUGAUGCUUGGCGCCUGUGGUUUUGCUUGGGUAUUCGAAAGAGGGGACAGCGCAAAGAGUCCAUGAAGAAGGAAUAAAAGGAUGCUUGGUUCUGAUGUGUAGGCCAAUAGACGCUACUCAUCUGAUAAUAUAUAUGCAGAUUGUUAGCUGAUUAAGGAUUCCAAGUACCUGCUGUGUUCCUGAUUUUCAUCUUACUGUUAUUACUCUUUUGUUAGUAUCAGUUGUGUGGCAUAUUCUUUUCACUCACCUGUUUUGGGUGUUUCUGUUCACUGUUUUAGUAGUGUGUUGAACUGAUAUCAUAUAUUGGCAUAUCGCUUAACCCGGUUUUCUCU